AAUGUCCAGGGACACUUCACAGUUGGAGGAAAGAGUGCUGAUGAUACUAUCCACCCCUUGGAUAAUAUUUGGUUCCCUGCUUAGCCUAGCGGUCAUCUUUGCAGUACUGGUGAACAAGAAACUACAUAAACCUCGGCACAUCUUCCAAGCACUUAGUCUUCUCUCAUCCUUGAUCAGUGUGUGUGUUGGUCUGUACGGGAUCUGCUUCGGAUUCACAAGUUCUAGAAUCAUCGAUUUCUGCCCUCGAUCAGUUUUCUACACGAUGAUAUUUAACCGAUACCUUCUUUUACUCUCAGAUAUCCUACCAAGCUUGGACAGGUUUGUUGCGAUCAUCUCCCCCCUGCAGUACCAUAUCCAUGCUACUGCCAACAAGGCGAGGUUCAUCAGCUUCAUGGCCAUCAUCCUCUCCUUGAUGCUCGCCACCGUGGCGUUUGUGUGUGGAAUAAUACCAGACAAUCUUGGUAGUCAUGCAAUGGAUCAUUUCUAUUUGACCUCCACCAGGCAGUACAUGUACUUUCUCACACUUCCAUUUGCUUGCUUACUGAUCGUCUGCUUCACAACCGACACAAUCGCCAUGUUGGUGGCUCUCAGCCAUAGCAGGAAGCGUGCUCAGCAGAGCGAGGAGAUCAGAAAUUCAUCAGAAAGACGAGCAACAUUUGCUUCAACUGCUUCUAUGUCAAGAUCUCAAAUCGAGAAGGAAUCAACUCUCAUCAGUCAAAUCAGCCUGGAUAGUAAGGAUAUCAAAGGAAAUCUUGAAGGAGCAGUGCCAGGGAAAAAGAUUGACACGGCAAGUAUUAGUGAUCUGAAAAUCAGCAUGAAAUGUCUCGCUCUCUCCUUCUGGUUCUUUAUUUCUCAGCUUUGCACCUACACUCCAGGUAUUCUAUUCCUGGGCUGUGGGGAUAACAUGAACAAACCUAAAGAGGAGAUCGAAGAUGAAAACUUUGAAGCAAGUUGUCAUGGCCUCGUGGGACUGAUGCCGCGUGUUAUUAUCUAUCUCUUCUAUCAGCUACAGUUUGGGAAGGUUUUCCUUUUCCUUUGCCUCGAUCCUGAGCUUAGGAACAACAUAUCGGGGUACUACACUCGCCUACUGCACUCCGGACAAUCUGGUUAAAAAUGAAGAUUAAAUCAAUCACUGCGUUCUAAUCAAAUAUUGAUUCAUUGAUUGAUGAUACAAAUCAAGCCAUGGUCUGCAGCUUGAUUAAAAAAAGCUAAACUUGAAAUUAAUAAUUCAGAUAAUGAUUUGAAAUAUUUUCGACUUUAAAUCAAAAAGAUUUCCAAAAACUACUCUUAUUGUCCAGGUUAAUCAUUAAUUAAAAUAAAUUUUAUUCACUUCUUAUUAAAUUUUUAAAUUUUCGAAAAGAAUUGAGUCUAAAAGAUUAUGAAGUUUGUUGGGUUGAAUGAAGCAUUAACUUGAUGUAAAAUAAUGUUGUAAUAAUGUUUUGUAGAGGAACUGAUUUUUACCACAAUGCUCUUUGCAAUUAAUAUUUCAAGCUAUAAAUUCUGUUAGAUAAAAGAAUAAAAGUUCGUAUCAUCAUAAGUUUGCAAAGAUAUAGGGAUAACAAAAUCAUCGCAUUUGGCAGUAACUCAGUUUUUUGGCAACAUAGGGCGGACCAAAAAAAUAUAUAUAAAUAUAUGUAUGAAAAUCCAAUAUUUGUUUGUGUCUAUAAACCAGAUUUAAUUUUACAUGAAGUUUUAUAUAAUAUAUUUAAAAAAAAUCAAAUUACGAAUAAGAACACAAAAUUAACAAUUAAGCAUUACGUUUUAUCUAUUUCAAAGUGGAAUUUUUAUCAAACCCGCAAAAAAACAAUUGUUACAAAUUCUCAAUUCCUUUCUGCUCAGAAGAUUUUCAAAUAUCCCCUGGAUAAAUGUAAUAUCAAUUGGAUCUUAAAAGAAUUAAUUUGUAUCCUUGUUCUUUAAUGUUGAGUCGAGAAUGACGUCUUAUUAUUUUGAAUUGUGGCAUAAACGUAACAAAUUAAUGAUGUAUAUUUAAAUUGAUUUGUGUUAAUGUUUAUCACUUUAGUUAUUAUGAAACACAUUUGAAGCUGCUAAGAAAGAUAAAAAUCAUUUGAAUUACACUUAAACUUCCAUUGG